ACUAAAUUAAGAAGAUUUAACGACAAAUGCCACCCGCAGCAUUUAAAAAUUUAUGUAUUCUUCUACUGUUAGCGCAUUUACCAGAAGCGCACAGUAUUUGCACCGAAGAUCAUGUGACCGUGUGUGAUAAUGUGGAUGAUCUCUACAAAACACAUCUCACCUCAACAACCACAAAUCUAGUUGUGAAAUCGAAUCCAAGAAAAUCUGAAAAGAUGAUGGAUUGUCUGGAUCUGACAAGCUUCUAUAUGGAAACACGAGAUGUUUUGAGUGCUACAAUCGUGCAACAAAUCAACGGUUUGUGUUGGAAAGACAAAAUUCCUUUUAUUAAACAUCGUCUACGAUAUCUAAACUUUCGAGAUAACAAAUUACCAACUCUAGAAAGUUACACAUUCCCAACUAAACUACGUUUACAGAAGUUGUCUUUGGUUAAUAACUCCAUAGAAAGAAUAGAAAGAAGAGCCUUCUCAUUUUCUAGCAUCGACGAAAUCGACUUAUCAAAUAACAGGAUCGAAGUUCUAGAACGGGAAAUUUUUUUCGUUGGGGUAAAAAAUUUAUUCUUACGAAAUAAUAAAAUCAACUACAUACAGGAAGGAGCUUUCCAAGUGUCUGUGGAAAUUUUGGACUUAAGCUACAACAAAUUAAGCCAUGUGCACGAUGGAGUAGUUAGUCAUUUAAUAUACUUACAAGAUCUUCGUUUAAGUCAUAACAACAUAUUCGAAAUGCCAAAUAUCACUCAAAUGGAGCGUCUAGAAGUUUUGGAUCUUUCAUACAACAAGAUCAAAAGCGUUCAAAGCGGCACUUUUGAAAAACUAGCAUCUUUGGUAACCCUCAACCUAAGUCACAAUAAAAUUCAAACCGUCGAAUUUAUCAAUGCGUUGUUACGUAGACGACAUAAUUAUGAGGAGGUAAUGGAAUAUAUAACAACCCUACAAAUUAAUUUGAGCUUUAAUGUGAUUAAAAGUGUUAAAAAUGAAACGCUACAAGAUAUUGCGUCAGAAGUCACAUUGUUGUCGCUCGCUGGAAAUCCUCUUGCCUGUGACAGUUGGGCAUCCUUUGAGAGCUUUCUGAUACACUAUAAGUCCGUUAUACUGGCUCCCUGCACUAAAAAAUAUUUUGGUAGCGGUAUUGUGCCAUACUGUAUAGCUGAGAAGUACAUUGACAGGAAGGACACUGAAAAUUUCCUCACUCACGUCGAAACCAAGGAAAAUUUAAUCAAAUGCAACUUGAAUGCCAUGUAUGAACAUUAGUGGAACUGAAGUGAAAAAUCUUUCUUGAAAAUUUGGUGUUCCGCUUUUUGUGUUACUUGUCUAAGUGUGAUUCAGUUAUUUUUGUUAUAUAGUAAAUGUUAAUAGCCUUGCGUCUAAGACAGUCA